GCGAGGGGAGAAGGGAGGACGGGGCGGGGAGGAGGCAGUCGGCUCGGCACGGAGGGACGGGACGGGACGGGACGGGACGGCCCCGGCGCCCCGCGGGCCAUGCGGCUGCUGGCCGCGGCUCUGGCCGCCCUGCUGGCCUCGGCCCCGGCCCCAGAUAUUUGUGAGGCUUUAAACGUGACAGUCUCUCCAGGACCGACAGUGAGAUACUCCGAGGGAGACAAUGCUACCCUUUACUGCCACAUUUCUCAAAAGAGAAAGACAGACAAUUUGCUGGCUGUGCGGUGGGUCUUUGCUGCAUCGCCUACCCAGGAGUAUCUGAUGAUCAAAAUGACUAAGUUUGGGUCUGUCCAGUAUUACGGAAAUUAUACUCAUAAUUUCCACAAGCAAAGACUUCGUCUUCUUAAGGAGAAACAUGGAACUCUGUACAAAUUCCUUAUCCUAAGCCUCCAGCAAACAGACCAAGGACACUAUAUAUGCAAAGUGCAGGAAAUUGGCAAACACAGGAAUAAGUGGACAGCAUGGUCAAAUGGCACAGCAGCUACUGAAAUUCGAGUGAUUUCAUCAAAAACUUCUGAUGAUCCCACUUUCAAGAAAAACCAUGAAGCUUGGAAGUUUUUUGAAGAUCUGUACGUGUAUGCAGUGUUUGUGUGCUCAAUAGGAAUCAUCAGUGUCCUCCUUUUCACGCUUGUCAUUCUCUGUCAGUCACUUCUGAACAAGAGGAGAUCCACAGUGAAGCAUUACCUGGUGAAAUGCCCCCAGAACAGCUCAGGGGAGACCGUAACCAGCGUGACAAGCAUGUCCCCUCUGCAGCCCAAGAAGGUAAAGAAGAAGAAAGAGAAAGUGGAGCAGCCGCCUGCCAUCCCAGCAAAAGCUCCAAUAGCCAAUAAUUUUCCUAAGCCCAAGCUCUUGAAACCUCAAAGAAAAUUGAUCCUGCUUUCUUGCAGUCACUGUGUCUACAAAUUUAGCCUGCUCUUAAACGAAACCUGCUAUUGAUUCUCACAUGCUGCUGGGAGCUGGUGCUUCGGAAAAAAAAACAUCCGUUACUGGUAGAAUCACAACCACACUGUCACACUGCUUUUGAGACAUUUCAAGUCAAAAACAGGGUCCUGAUUCUGCCCCACAGUGGUGUAAGUCAGCAACAGCUGAAGUUGCAGGAAUGAAUAUAUGCAUAGAGCUUGUAUGAAAGAAAAGAAAAACUUGGAUGCAGUUUCUGUUGGAUACGAGUUUUUGUUAAAAAACAAACCAAAACUCCAAGCCUGUGGGUAUUUGCCAGACAGAUCAGAUAGAUGGGCAGAUGUUUCUCUGCUUUAGUAACAAAGCAGUACCUGGCCAAGACAUCUGGGGUAACAGAGACUGCUUUAUACCAACUAACUUCAGCUGCACUAUAACGAGGCUGGCUUGCAUGGCUCCCUGUGCAGUCAAUAAGCAGAGGUGAGUCAGAGAGGAGCCUGACCAGAUGCUCCUCGUUGCCUUUUGGGGGGAUCUGCUCUCUGUUUGUUGGCAAUGCAGAGCCCAGGGUGACUAACCCCCUAACUUCAGCACCUGAGUGAAAGGCAGCUCUCUAAAGUUAGGUGAUGUGAAUAACACAAAUGCCUCUGUGAUGGCUUCACUUUCAGAUGAGGACUGGAAUUGGGAACCCUCCCACCAAUUGCUGGCAAAUGUUCUCUGCUCUUUUAACAUGGUACAGCCCAGGGUACCUGGGAGCGGUGCCAGGUGGCUCCUGCUCAGCUUAAAUCUUGCGUGACACUGCUUCUCGGGCACACUGCCCACCUCUUCCCCUGGUCACAAAAGGGUUGUGCCUUGGUCAGCCUCCUUGUACUGGUAAGGUAUCAGUAAAGGAAGAGGUAGAGUUUUAAAAGCCCAUGAAAACAAAACCUGUGUUAGCCACUGUGUCCCAGCAUGUGGCUAUUCCAGGUAUCCACUAACCUUCAGCCCUCCUAGAAAAAGCUCUCAUCAGUUAAAGCACUCAGACUCUGCCUGCAGGUCAAUAAAGCACAUCAACACACACUGAACUUGAGGUAAAUCUGUUUCCAGAUGCUUUUUCUUUCUGGAAUAAAUCCAGGGAUGGGGGCCACAAAUAGCUAUUUACUCUUGCCUUCCCACCAUGGGACCCCAGACAAGGUUCAAGGUCUUUGGAGGAGAGCAGCAAUAAACCCUUCUCAAACCCUGAAAUCUGCUUUGUUUUCCCUAGCAUGACUGAGCACCUGUGUGCUGCCAGCAGACUCAGUGUUAGUGCCUUGCUGUCGGACUCGAGGCUGGCAGCUGCUUCCAUGUGUGCCUCUUUUCCCUUUUACAUGUUACCUCAGAGUGCACAUGAAAAGAUAUCGCAGUCUGCAGAAAACACACAAUCUAUGGACGAGAGUUAGCUUUUAGCUGAAAAAUAAUCCAGCAAAUAUUGUACAAGGCAUUUUCAAGACCCAAACUCACCUAGUGGUACUUAAAAGGCAGAAAACUAAACCCAAGGCAGUCCAUAAGGCAUAUUCAGAAGCUGAGCAGGACACUGCCCUGAGCUGUUUCCCAUUUGUGUUCCUCUUGCCUCUCUCUACAACCCAUUUGUUUAAACCGUCAUGUUUUAGUAUUCUCAGGGAAAAAAAAAUCUUUUCUCUUUUUAAAUUCUCUUUUAGUGAGAAACCUAAACUAGCUGAAGUUAAAAAAAAAGUUUCAACAAAGAUAUGAAAUGGAAAUAAUUACAGAAUUCAAAUUCAUCAAAAUGGAACAUUUUGUUGGUUUCAGCACAGGUCUCCUGAUUUUCUUAAUUCACAAAAAAUUCUCAGAUUUAAAAUUUUCAGUCUGCUUUGGGGCAAGAAAAAAUGUUAUCGCCACCCUGCCAAAUUUCUGCAGGGUAAGAGAUUUUUUCCUUUCAACUGCAAUUAUUUCAAAGUUGUUGUCUGCGCUAGUUUUUUUUUUCACAGAUGGCACAUAGUUGCUAGGUAAGGUAAUAGCCCUUGGAAAGCCAGACUCAAAUUGCUGAGUAUCUGGACUUCUUCUUCAGCUUCCCAUUGCAAUCGAAAGAAGAUACCACACUAGGAGAAUAUUCUAGAAAGCCUAAGCAAACAAGCUUGAGUAUAAGGGAACAUUACAAAAUAAUUCCAGUGUUUUGGGAAAAUUUUUGUAAUAACCUAAAUACCAGCAAAAUUAUUUCCAGAGGACAUGUGCUUCUGGUUUCUUGAAAGAUGUUUAUAAUAAGCUAGAGAAUUUCUUUUGUUGUUAACAUGCUAGAGUGGAUUGCAGUAUAAUUUUACAAGAAUACAAUAACCUGGGUAAAAUAUGGACAUAAUCUCAAUGAAAAUUAAAAAAAAAAAAAAAGUGAAAGCCUAAUAUCAUGUUCAAUUGCACAGCCUUGAGUAAAGUCUUUUAAAAACUCUGCUUAUGUCAUAUUGCUUUUGCUUUAGCCAGAACAAGAAUUCUAUGCUCCCCUUGUUGCAAAAAUAUUCCCCAUCAGUGUCAUUCUCUAUUAGCAUCAAUGAGAAAUGUGUACAGAUCAAAGGAAAUAGAGAUGCUGAAAUGCAAAAAGGGAUGGUUUUUACAGCAUGUAAGAAGCACAGAGAGUCAUUAGGAAGACGAAAAUUCUAGGGGCCCACAAAUCUGUCUCUCUAAGGGCUGUUCCACUACAGCCUUAAGUACUUAGCCCUUUGAAUUGGUAGAGACAAAUCUUAUACUUCCUCAAAUGAAUUUUCUGGUAAGCCUUUCAUUGCCUCCUAGAGAUUCGUUGUCAUAGUCCAAGAGUUUCAGGUGCAGAACAUCUAAAUGAUUAGGUUUCAGUGUCUUCAUGAAGGUUUGCAUCACCAAACUUUUAGAAGACCUUGUGUGGAGCUAGUGGAAAGAAUUUGAUUCCAAGUUAGACCAAAUUCUGCAAUCUUUACGUAUGCAAAAUUUUUGUUGACUUCAUCAUCUUCACAUUAAACUUUAAGGGAAAGACUACCUGCACAGAUAAGGCAGGAUACAGGGAAUCUUCUUGAUUCUGCCACUGACUUAUGCAGCCUCUGCCAAGUCAGAUAAUCAUUCCACUUUGAAAUGAGAUAAAUGCAUCCCAUAUUAUAAAUGAUCCCCUUGGGUCUAGUUCUUUGAAUGUGUUGUAAACGUAAGGGACACAGUAUGUAGGAUUUGCCUUCUGCAGCUCCUGCAUUGACAAAUCUCUUUACCAGAGUGUAUCUGGGUUCUCCUAUUAUGCAGCACAGAAUAUGCAUUGGUCCUGUGUGACUUCUGGAGCAGUGGUUUUCCAGAGACCAUAUUGGAGCUAAUUCUGAGAAACAUCCCACUACCCACAGCUAAUGCAGCACAGACAGCAUUGUUUGUUUCAGCAUGGAUUGGAUCACUGGAGACCUGGUCCUACAUGAUUGCUGAGAUUUUCUUUUGAUGAUGAUUAUGUAAAAGCUACUUGAGAAAUGGGAAGGGCUUAUGGUUAUCUAAGAUUGAGGGAAACUUCUGGAAGUCAUUUUGGUGACAGCUCAGAGAUCUGGAUUCCCAGCUUUUACAGAUGUAUCAGAAAUGGAACACUCUGACUUUUUCUUUUCUCUCUCUCUUUCUCUCUUCCCCACCCACCCUAGCUUUGAAAAAUCCCAUCCUUAUUUGUCAUUAUAGGCUAAGUGCUGACAAUGUGCUGAGUGCCAGCCAGUGCAUGUUAGGACAGUCCCUGCACUGGAAGUGCUUACUCAGCAGAAAAGUGUGUCAAAGCCUGGGAUCUGCAAGCAUUCAACCAAAGCACAGCUGUCCUGCUUCUGCUGUGUCUUUGAGGCAGAAGGGUGUUGUUUUUAGCAGGAACUUGAUGGGUGUUUAACACUUUUGGAAGUAAGAAAGAUAUGAUUUGGUCUCUUCUGCAUGAAUUCAGCAAAAUUAAGCUUAGUUCACAUUUAGCUCAUUGUUCUACAUCAGUGUAUACUCCCAAAGCAAGCAAUGAAGAAAGGUGCUCCUAGAGCUGCCCAGAAGCUGAAGUUUCCUUCAUCUGAAAAAUCAUUUUGACUUUUAGGUUUCAGGAGUACAAAUAAGCAACCAGACCCACUGUGUAUCAGAACCAGUGACUUGGAGACCCUUUGAGGAAGGGUCUGGAUGUGCAAGUGAAUGAUCUCUUUUUCAUCUUACAAUUAAGUACUACAUCAUUCAAGCCAGUCUUAUACCUAUUCACCAAGCUCACUAGGAAAGGUUUUCUAAUCAGCUUUUUGCAUGACUAGUAGAAUUCCUGAAUAGUCUUAACAUGCAGGUACCAUUGGCCCUUUCCUUAAGAAAAACAAAGAGUGAAAUACUAUUCAGUAACCUCAUAUAUUUCACUUCUGAGAACAAUCAGGUCUCCUUUUCGCCUGCAUGAUUUUAAAUUAAAAGCUAUGCCACCCUCUGUUAGAAGAGUUAUUUUCUCCACGAUAUGUAACAAUCUGUGAUUUAAGUUCUCAAUUUCUCAAGGCAUUAUUGAUCUCCACAGACUUCAAGUAACAUUGUACAUAUGAUAUGCAAGGAAGAACUGAACUUUUUUUUCUCGACUCCCCAUGAUUCUUGAAUAUUUUCAUCCAGUCCACAUAAUUCUUUUCUCUGUCAGAUAAAUAAUCAUUUUUUAUCAGUCUUUCAUUAGGAUGUGAGAAGUCCAUAGGAACGUUUCUUCAUGAAUAUCAUUUACACAUUCAAGUUGAAACUCAGAAUAUAAUAUAUUCAAAACUUCUGAGUUAUGCCUGCUUUCACAUUCAGAUCCUGCAUUUCUAUCUUCAGCCCCAAGAAGGAACAGUUUGUGUAAAUACAGAAAAGCUCUUGCUUGAAUUGUGCCAAGAAUUGUGUAUUUACAAAGUCCCACAGCAGAUGAUUUUUGUGCAAUAACACCUUUGGAGUAAAAAAUGUGUCUCACUAGAAAACUAAAGUCCUUGAACCCUUCUGAAGGAUAAAGAGAAAUAAUCCUGAUUUCCAGCAAUGUUGGUUUGGUUCAGAAUCUAGUAGUAAUUCUGCAGCUGUAAAAGGAAUAAAGCAUUAGCAAAGGGACUAUUCUGCAAAAGCUGUUAAAACAGGCUGGACAAACUUCUGCCAGGUACAUUUAAUUCUGUUAAUGAAGAAAGACGGACUGACUAACUCCGUAUAAACACUACCAGCCAUUUAAGGGAUUCUGUUUCUUUAAAAUAAAAUGAUUCAAUGGGACUUAGAGAAUCACCUUUGUCUUUGUCCCCGACGUUGUUAUCGUAACUUCUGUGGGAUUUAGAAGCAAAAUUUAGAUGCAGUGCUGAAAGAGGUUUCACAAAUUGACAUAGACAUUGUUUCCAGUGGUGAAGCCUCUUCUGGGUAUUAAAAACCAGACAUCUUAGUGGAAAGAAAAUGUCCUUUUUUUUGACUGAUAGUGCCACCAAAAAUCAUACUUCCUACUCCAUGAUUUUCCAAUGUCAUAUUUCUCAGCCUUGGCACAGAGAGCACAAUGGCUCUCUUGAUAUUCCAGAGCUCUUACUAGCCAGCAGUUGCAUUUCUGAGGAAUAAUUCAUCUUGCAGAUCUAGCUUCAUUUUUUUGCGAAAGUCUGCAGAAGUCAUUUUGAAGUCCCUCUCUUCCAAAGCUAGCCCCUGUUCCUUAGGCAGCACACAGUUCUCUCCCAUCUGGACAUUCACACAGAGAGCAUCAACGGUCUGCCCCCAUGCCUGAGCCCACCCCCUUGGGCCUGCAGAGUGCUGCCUGGGCACGGUCUGAUUUCUCUGUGCUCAGGCAGUGACACAGGGUGCUCCUGAGCUGUGCCAUAGGGACAGUAUCAGUGCUUUCCCUGGGGACCUCUAUACAGAGGAUGAAUGCAAAGCACAGAGUCUCUCAAAUAUGAAACGGAAAAGGUCCAAACUCUGAUUUGGGAUUAUGCAAAAGAAAGGGAGAGGAAAAAUGAUAGUUGCAGCAAGUUGUUGCUAAGAGAGACCUACGUUGUGUCACUGCACAGGGCUGUGGUGUAACCUGAAGAAAAGCAAUUGUGCUGGAGACUUCAUCAAACAAACCUCAUCACCACCUCUUGAAUCCAUACCUUUCCAGCAUGUGCCCAACAGCAGUGUGGCUAGCCCAUAGGUGACAAUUUCCCCUGUAAUGGCACUCAGAGCAGCAAACAUGCCUAAUUGGCGACGUUUGAUCUAAUCCAUUCACCCACAAGCACAGGACCUGGCAGUGAGGGUAGGGUUUCAUUUUUAAUGUUUCUGCAGGAAUUCUGAGUUACUGAAUUGUUAAACUCUUGACUGGAACUUUCUUGAAACAUGCCUGUUAAACCCCAAAAAUUUAAAAGUGACAAGUCAAUUUGGUAUAUAAGCGUAAUUUUCUUACUCUCAUCCAUAAUUAAAGUCAUUCUGAAUCAUAUCCCAAACAUCUCCAUCACAUACAAUCAUAUAGACACUGAAUUCCAAGGCAAAUAUCUGCAGCAGUAGUGGAUUAAGUAUUUAAGACUGAAGUGAACAGGCAAGCGAGCCCUUGUCUGCUUAAUUUUGAUGGUAAGCUAGAAUCAGGGGAUUAUUAUUAUUUUUUUUUAAAUUAGAAACUCACAUUUAUUUUGUCAUUUUCACAAUAACUGUUGAGGUCAUGAAAGAGCAAGACUACACCAAUCCAUGAGUGAAAGCUGGCAGCAGUUGUUUUUCCAGACAAGUUAAAAUUAUGAGGUUAUUAUUUGCUUGUUUUAUCUAUAGCUAUUUACAAAUUUGGAUAAAAGUGGUUUUAGUUAAAACUUCAAAACUUUCAGUCUGACAGUUCUCACAGUAAAUAUCCUUGAUGCUGCCAAGAAACAACCCAGCUAAGCCAAGAAAGAGCAAAAUUGACAUUCCUGAUAAUUAUGACAUAAAAAUCAGAGUAAUUUUCAUUAAAAUCCCAGCCCUUCCAGGUCUUUUCUAACACAUUUAUACACUGGACAAGCCCAAUAAAAACAAAACUGAGUAUACACACACUUAAGUUUCUUUUAGAUAUUCACGUGAUAGACUUUGCAGAUUGUUUUUUGAGAAAAUGUUCCUAUAACUGAAUUAUUUCACAUAGUUGCCCAAGGGAAGCCCUGUGACUGGAAUAAACUAAAAUUAAACUGGAAGAGAUCUGGAAGAAGAAUCAUUUUGCAUUUGCCAGAAGAUACACUGGAAAAUGAUGACUCUUUCUAAUUUGUGUUUCUUCAAAGGGUAUGAUCCCAAGACAAGAUGAAAACAGAUGCACAUGAUAAAAGUCUACAUCUAGAAAUGUCACUUUGGAAAAUAACUCUAUUUGAAGAAAUCAUUUCAAUAUAAUUUAAGAACAAUGAUGUAAUUUUUCAGGAAAGGACAUUGUAGCCAUAGAAAUCCCAAUGACCCCCUAGAUGAAGAGCUGGGAUGGAAAGAAAGAGGCGAACAACCAGUCAUUUGCUGUCUCUUCCUCUUCUGUCCUAAUAUCAGUCCCACCUGUAAGAUCAGUUAUUAAAGUCAUCCUGUUGUUCUAAAAAGGAGGUGGUGGCAGGAUUCCAGGCUGACAUUGCCAAAAUGGUAUCCAAUCCAAAUGAGAGAUGAAAUCAUAGAAUUAGUUUUCUUUCCCUGCCUGUUCAAAAAAAAAUUGGUUUUGGACAAACAAACUAUCAAAAUUAAAUUAAACAUAUGGUUGAUAAAUGAAGUACAGAAAAGUGCAUGAAAAACAAGCCUGGCUACCAUACGUACUUUAUAGUACUGUUGGCUUCCAUGCACUGUUAUUACACAUCCUUCGCUGAAAACUGUAUACCCUUCACAAUUUUGAACCUCCUGUGUGUUUCCUCAUAUUUUCAAUCAAAUUAUUACAUACUAGAAAUAUGCAUAAGGGAAAUUAUUCUACACAUUUUAUGGUGUGCUGUUGCUUGUAGCAGUAAUUGAAGUACCUUUUCCACUUAUGAAAGUACUAAUUUUAUUUGGUUUUAUUGCUUUUCUAGAUGCAAUUAUUUAUUUAGUGUGUUUUGGUUUUAUUAAAUUAUGUUUACUAUAGGAACAUCAUAAAAAUGUAUGAAAACAACACAUCAGCCACUACUGCCCAAUGACCUGUUUUGGGGAAUCUAGUGUUAUUUUUCAUAUCCAAACAUAAAUAGAAUAAAGUAAGAAUAAAGAGAUAAUCUACACUGGAAAACAAUGCAAUUUUGAGUUAACACAAUAAAACACCUGGCCAAUAUGAUUUCAUAAAUCUUAGUUCUAAAAUUUACAUGAGCUGGGCGUUGAGGUGGCUAUUUUAGGACGUGACAUUUUCUAAAUGGAAACAUAAUAUGAAAUGCAAUUAAACAGCAAAGAGGAAAGCAUAUACAGAUUUAGCAUGCCCUGAGCAACUGAUUUCUAUGGAACAAUGAAAAUAGUUCUACUUCAAAAGGUGUACUGGGUCAGUCCUAGAAGAUGUGGAGUUUUACUUUGGCAGUAAUCAAUAGCUUGUUUGGAAAGUUUUAUCAGAUAUGUUUUUAAGAUGCUUUUUUUUGUGCAUCAUAUCAUUAUGUUCAGGGGCUGAGAUGACUCCCACUAAAGUCAGUAGCAAAACUCCCAUUACCUUCAAAUAGAGGCUAGAUCUGUUAUCCCACACUGAGAAUAAAAUCUUCAGUAUUUGCUGGUUUUAUUGCAAUAUCCAGCAUCAACUUAGUUUCUGCAUUUAGCUGGCAUACUGGAAAGACAGGUAGAUAUAGCUUUGAAGUCUUAAAAGGAAUCUUUAACAUAUGAAAAAAAGGCAAAAACAAAUGCCUAGAUACUUUCAAGCUAUAAAGAAGAGAGAUGUUAAAAAAUAAUUAAUCAGAGUAGCUGACAGAUUUUCUCUAACUUUUUUUUUUUUUUUUUUUUUUUUUUUUUUAACUCAAAGCCAGGAGAGUAUGGAUGUCUUUCUAAAUGUGUUUUAGUUCACUCCCAUUAUGUGAACAAAUAAAUGUGACUUUCUUUCUGUGUUGUGUAUGAGAUCAGGUAGCAGUCUACAGGAAGUCUUUUUACAUCAUAACAGCAGAAAAAUCCACAAAAACAGGAAGUUUUGUGUGGUUAACAGUGGAGCAUUUAGUAGUGAAUGAGGACCAGAAGCUGAGAUCAAAUAGGACUACCCAUGCAAGGUGGGGAAGACAAUGUGAAGAAUUCAAUGCAUAGAUUACAGUCCUGCAGACACAGAGCCCUGCAGAUGGUCUUUACUCACAUGUACAAUCAGCUGACUUCAGUGAUACUCCUUGCAGGAGCAGCUGCACAAAGUAUUUCAGGAUCAGAUCUACAGAGAAGAAAUAAGAUUAAAUUCAUGCUGGAAAACUGUAAGAGGAUCCACCCAGAGGGAAACAAUCUGAAAUGUAGAGAGUGAGCGACUGUCAAGGCAAAAUGAAAGGAUUCCAGAAAAGUGCAAAAGACAGGAAGCAGGGGAGCACGGGGACUGAUUUCAGAGGAUAUUAGAUGUUUAUCUUUUUAGCCAGAAGACAAUACAAUAAUUAUUCAAGCAGAUUUCAAGGAAACAGGAAUCAUUUAUGUUAAAUCAGAAAGGAAUAAAUAGCAGUAAAUAAAACCUAAGGAAACUUGCCAUUG